UUACAACGAUAUAUAGUUGAUCAAUCAAGUAGAGUCACUGAUCGAUCAUCAAUCACACAACUUAAAACUGUGAUUCAUUAAGUUGUUUCGUAAUUUAGUAAGGAAACUACAUUGCGGGCGUUAAUAGGUUAUAUUAUGGAAUUGGCCAGGAAUUUCCUAUUGGUUUGGCAAUUUGCUUUGUUGUUGUUCAAUAUUGGUGUUCUUUUUCUGGGAAUCAAUGAAGUUGAAGCUGCAGGUGGUUGGCUUAAUGCUCAUGCAACCUUUUAUGGAACUAAUCAAGAUCCCAGCACUCUUGGUGGAGCUUGUGGUUACGCGAACACAUAUCAGGCGGGUUUUGGGGUGUACACGACGGCGUUGAGUGGACCGUUGUUUAGGAACGGUGACUCUUGCGGCGCUUGUUACCAGCUGAGGUGCGACUCCGGCCGGGAUCGGAAAUGGUGCCUCCCUCACGCUUCCGUCACGGUCACCGUGACAAACUUCUGCCCUCCGAAUCACCACGGCGGGUGGUGCGACGCUCCCCGCCACCACUUCGACAUGUCCAUGCCCGCAUUCCUUCGCAUUGCACGACAAGGCAACGAAGGAAUUGUCCCUAUUCUUUACCGAAGGGUGGCUUGCAGGAGGAGAGGGGGAGUAAGAUUCACAUUGAUGGGGCAAUCGAAUUUCAACAUGGUGAGGAUCACAAACGUGGGAGGAAGUGGAGAAGUGAAUAAUGUGUGGAUAAGGGGUUCAAGAACCAGAACCUGGGUGCCAAUGCACCGCAACUGGGGUGCAAACUGGCAAAGCUCCAUGGACGUCCGAGGCCAAAUGCUGUCGUUUCGACUCAGAUUAGGGGAUGGAAAAAUGCUCGAUUUCCCCAACGUUGUCCCUUCUUCCUGGCAGUUUGGACAGACUUUUGCUGCUCGCAACCAGUUCACCUAAAUCACUAUACUUAACUAUAUAUAAAUGCAAUAUUACUUGCAUGUUUUGGGCUUUUUGAAUAGCGUAGAUCAAUUGGUAUAUCAUACAAGUUGGUAUAUAUAUCAUGACGCUGCUAGUUUAGAGCCCUAACUAUAAUUAUUAAUCUACAUAUGAUAUCUAUAUAUAUAGCGUCCAACUUGACAUGCUUAGUCGUUUUUCAUAGAGCAUGUGUCCAGUUGGACGUUUUUUCCCCACAUUCUUAUUGAUUUUAUAAAAUUUAUUAUGUUGAUAGGAGAUCAUUAU